GUAGAUCAUAUAAUUUUCAUGAUGCUCCAAUAAUUUUUAAAAGAAAUUUUGAAGAAGUAAAACAUCUUAUAAUCAACUUGAAAUAUACACUUUUUCUACCUAGAAAAAAUAAUGAUAUUAAACCUUAUCCUUUAUUAGAUGGAUUUGAAAAUAUUACAGAAAUGAAUAUGAUUACUAGAGAAGAAAUUAGAUAUAAUAUCUGUGAAGAUACCAAUUCUUUAAUUAUACAAAGUUCAAUGAUCAUUCUUUUUUCAAAUACUUUAAUCAAACCUGAUAAAACAUCUGUUAUAAACCGAAUAAAUGAACUUAGAAAUUUAGGAUUUUCUUUUAAUAGUAGUAUUGUAUUAGAAAUCUUUAUUCUCUUUGAAAACCGAUUAAAAGAAAUUG